CAGGUAUGAGGACAGGGAAACGUAUCCCACGCUUGCAAAAGCGCUCUCCCAUGUUGCGGAGAGGACUCGCCACAGCCAAGAGCGCUCUGCUGUCAGAGCGAAAGUGUCCGAGUUGCCGGAGCUCAGAAAGUACAUGUGGCUGUGUUCUCUUGGUCAGCGCAGUAUCCACGGACAGAGUAGGCGCUGUAGAAAAAUUUCAGAAGCCAGUCGAGGUGACCUAUAGAAAUACAACGCUCAGGAAAAGAGGUUAUUGUCAGGAAAGGUGAAACGAAAUAUUUAUAUAGACUUGUGAGCAAUGCACUGGCAGCAUGGCCAGAUGGUUCAGGGAACACCUAGGAUUCAAAACUACCAAAGCACCACCUCCAGCGCCCCCGAAACCGGACUACAGACAUUGUCACGCCGCUGUGACUGGUACGCUUGGCUACCAACAUCCAAGCCCCGCACAGCCGGACAUUCUUGCUGCUUACAAACUACAAAAGGAACUGGACUUCGAAGAUCCGUACACGGGAGGAAAUAUUUCGUUUGGAACUGGUCUGGGCUGUGGGGGGUCACCGGACAUAAAGUAUGUGUCACCAAAGCACCGGCUUAUAAAGGUGGAAACAAUCGAGAAAAGCAACUCUGCUCCGGGCAGCGGUAUCGUUGCCCAAGCUGUUGCUGUUGGGAACGUUAAAUCUCCCACGUCACCGCCUCCUGAAAAUGAGAAUAAAGAAAAGCUCCUUAUCCUGGAUGACUAUGCAGACCCGUUUGAUGCGGAGCAGGACGGGGGGACCCAGGCCACCACCGAGAAGGUGACCCAGGCCAGCACAGAGAACGAUGGCUACAUGGAGCCCUAUGAGGCCCAGAAGAUGAUGGCAGAGAUCCGCGGUGGCCGGGGGCCUAAGGAGGGGUCACUGAGGUCACUGCCCCUGUACGACACGCCCUACGAGCCAGCGGAGAAUGGAGGGGACUCGGACGGCGAGCGUCCCCGCUGCCCCAGAGAGAGCCGGCUGCCUCAGGAUGACGAGAGGCCCCCGGAGGAGUACGACCAGCCCUGGGAGUGGAAGAAGGAGCGCAUCUCCAAGGCCUUCGCAGGUACGAGAGCACCUCUGCUCUGUUCUGACUGCAUUAGCUACAAGGGCUCUGUAAGUGGCAGUGGAUCAGAACCAGAGUCAAGGAAGGACAACACCUCUAAAUCCCUCACAGUAGAGAUUAAAGUGAUCAAGGAUCUGCCGUGGCCCCCUCCUGUCGGCCAGCUCAACCACAGUCCUCCCCUGGCCCUGCUGGAGGGGGUGGAGUCACCCCCCGCUCUGCCCCCCCAGCCAGGCCAGCACUCCCCUGGACACACUGCCUGUGACCAGCACCACCAUGUCCAGUUUGAAGGGGCGGAGAAGUCCAGAAUGUCGCCCACCAGGGAGGGUAAAGGAGGGCGUCCGCCCCGCAUCCACUCCAGUUGCUGUCUGGUCAACACCAAGAUGACCUCUCUGGACCACUGCAGUGCUGCUCUGGGGGAACGCAUUGACCCCUCCAUGUCCCUGGAGAGCCAGUUCUGGUACCAUGGAGCGAUCAGCAGGACGGAUGCGGAGUCUCUGCUGAGGCUGUGUAAGGAGGCCAGCUACCUGGUGAGGAACAGUGAGACCAGCAAGAACGACUUCUCCCUCUCACUCAAGAGCAGCCAGGGCUUCAUGCACAUGAAGCUGUCAAGGACGAAGGAGAACAAGUACAUCCUGGGUCAGAACAGCUGUCCCUUCGACAGUGUCCCCGAGAUCAUCCACUUCUACUCCAGCCGCAAGCUGCCCAUCAAGGGGGCCGAGCACAUGUCCCUGCUCUACCCCGUGGCCAUCAGGACACUAUAGUGACAUGGCCUUCCCCAAAGGUCACACAGGGGUCAGAUGCCCUCUCCUGCCACCUCCCCUGGGAAACCCUGUCGCUCUGCCUAUUUUCUUCUGUUUGAUUGGUCUGAAGGACAGAGUUCAAGUUGGCGGAGGAGGCAGGGAUGAUGAGGAUAAUGCAGCUCACCGGUCAUCACCUACCUGAUCCCAGACCUGCUAUUAACUUUUUGUUUGUAUUUUCUACAACAUUAUCAUUGCAUCAUUGACUGAAACAUCAUCUGCAAGCAUUGUUUCACUGAUCCCACAGCUGCUUCCUCAACAGUGCCACUAUGUACCCACCUCUUCCACAUAAGACCUGUUCAUAUUGGAUUUGGCUCCAUGUUAUGCUGAAAGUGUAAUGUUUGUUUAGUGAGGGGAACCUAAAGAUUGUAAUGUCCUUAUAAAGGAAGCAGGGAAGGCAAAUUCAUGUAUUGGAGUUAUAUAUGGGCACUCUACAGUGGCUGGCAAACUCAAUAAACAUGCCCUGUGUGAAUACUUUCCCCGUCAGUGCAACAACAGUUUAGUGUUUAAGUGCUGUACGGUCUGCAGACUGACGUCUCUGUCUAUUCCCGGGACUGUAUUUCUGAUAUCCUUCACCACGGGUGUCCCAUUGGUAGGACAGUGUAAGUACAGCUCUGGUUUGACAGUCAGCAGACUGAUAGAUGGAUCACUACUAUGUUACACAGCAGUAGCACCAUUGGCUAAAUGAGCCAGAGAUGGGCGCCUAGUCUCAAAAUGGUCCAAAUUACCUUCCCAAUCCCCCAUCGUAGAAUAUCUUUGCAUGGGUAGAAUGGAAUAUGCCUGCAUUGUCUACCUCAGAAAAUCAAUUUCAUUCGUGAAUCUGCAGAUCAAUAGGUACAAUGGGAUUGCAGAUAUUGAUCCAACCCCCACCAUGCGACUCCUAUUCCCAACAAAUUGCAUCUAUGGUUUAAGAAUAUGUUUUUGCAUAAACCAGUCACAUGUUUUUGUUUCUUUUUUUUACUACAUUUUACAGAUCAGCAUUUGUAUGUAUAGUCACUAUGAAAUUGUGUGAUGUCAGUAACAAAUGUUUGGUUAAUGCCUUAUAAUGCAUGGGUUGAAUAAGUCGGAUUAGAUCCGCUGAUUUCUAGAGUUCUGCUUCUUUCAACGAUUGUUCUGUGACUGUAAUUUAUUCUGGGGUAAUUCUUCUUAUUACAGAUGUGUUACUCCUCUCUGUGAAGGCCUGCCUCGUGGCAUCCAGCCCUCACUAUUCUCUGCCAUGUGAUCGUGUUUGGCCAGAACUUAAAUACCCCGGACCUGGUCUCAUAUACUGUGGUGCUUCGCUUUGUGUUUUAGUCAGUUCUGCUUCAUGUGUCCAACUGCCUCUGUGGCCUGACUGAGACACUGAAGAGUAAUGGUGUCUCGUGACCAAUGGGAUUGUCAAGCCUCACAUAAAGACUGUAUAAACCCCAUGGACCAAUCAGAGGACUCAAUUUUCCUAAAUGAACCCUGACCUCCAGUCUGUCCUAACCCCUCUAUUUGUUCGAAUUAUUUAAUACACAAAUCUCAAAAUUG